GUUCGUUUCACUGUUCAGGACACUAUGAACAGACAGAACAGCAAAAAAAUGAAAAUGAACCCCGUCCAGAAAUGUUCUCGUUGUACCCGCGAAAUAGUUGGUGUAGAGAGAACAGUGACGUCACCAACAUGGCAGACUCAUGGUAUCAUUGCAGAUGCGGAAUUUAUUUUGCCACGGAAGCCAGGUACCAGAGACAUCAAUGCUUCCUUACAAAUAAUGCAGAUAGGCCUGUUGACGAAAGAGCCGAAAAAGUGAAAACAAACAUGGAAAGCAAAACAUUUUUCCAGUGUGAGGAAUGUGGCGACUUUUUCGACGACAUGACUAUUUUUCAAAACCAUGCAUGUGCACGAGCACGUGACCACCAAGACCCCAACGCCCAGGUGCUAUGUGAUGUCAGAGAACCAUCCAAAGAUGAAAAAGGUAAUAACUACAGCAAUUCUUGGACAAGAAAUGCAACUUUGCUGCUAAUAGACUUAUAUAAAAAAUACAAGGACCAAAUUCUGAGUGGCAAAAUUAGGAAAAAGGUUGUGUGGGAAAGAAUUACAAACCAGAUGAGAAAAGAAGGAUAUUCAUUCCAUUCAGAACAAGUAGCUGGUAGAUGGAAGUCUUUGUUAAGGGCCUACAAAAAUGUAAAAGAUUACAAUAAAAAAUUUGGGAGUGGAAAGAAAACAUACGAAUAUGAAAAUGAGCUGGAUGACAUACUAGGUAAUGAUCCUAUUAUAAAUCCCACAUUUACACUUUCAUCUGACACAUCCAGUGCCACUGAAAAAAGAAAAUUAGAUGAAAGUGAGGACAGUGACGUUGAGACAUCCAGUGAACAAGCAUCAUGUAGCACAUCGGCGCCGAAGAAAAAACUCGUAAAAAGGGGAACAGAAAGACAAAGAAAUGAGAUGAUGCAGGUUUUUAAAGAGUAUAUACAUGAGCAAAAAGAAGAACGAAUUAGGAGAGAGGAACUGCAGAGAGAGAAAAUGGGCUUGAUGCGAGAAUUGAUUGACGUCAUGAAGGAAAGCACAAAGAAAUAAUACUAUAUAGCACCAUGAAUAAACAAGAUUGAAUGUGUGAUCUGCAUGGAGACAACUCCU